CUGUGGCAAGGUACUCAAGACCUGGGUGAGAGCGUAGUUUGUACUUUCUGGCGAUAGAAGUUGGGAGCGAAAGAAAUGUCGCCGAUAGUUUUCGCUUCAGUCAGUGAAGUCAGACAGACUGUGCAGCAUUUUUCAGUGCUGUGUUUCGAAACCGUUUCUUCAGCGCUCUCCAAAGCCUGAAAAAGGGGGAAAGAAAUGGUCUGCGGCAAACGCGUCUGAGGAAAAGAAAACAGAAAUGCUAACUCCAAGGAACGGACGUCGGCUCUGUCUGGACGUCGUUUUAGUUCUUUUUCUUUGCGCAAAGUGUGAAAGCGCCCGAGGCACUACAGGGGAUGCUUCUUCUGAUUCACUCUCAAUGGGCGGGACCCUACCUCACUUCCUGCAGGAGCCGGAGGAUGCUUAUAUUGUCAAGAGCAACCCAAUCAAACUACGAUGUCGUGCUGCACCUGCCCUCCAGAUAUUCUUCAAGUGCAAUGGGGAUUGGGUCCACCAGAACCAGCACAUGUCCCAGGAGUACCCAGACCAGGACACUGGACUGAGGGUGCGGGAGGUGAUGAUCAACGUCUCUCGCCAGCAGGUGGAGGAUUUCCAUGGCCCGGAGGACUUCUGGUGCCUUUGUGUGGCAUGGAGCCACCUGGGUACAUCCAAGAGCCGCAAGGCUAGUGUGCGCAUCGCCUACCUCCGCAAGAACUUUGAGCAGGACCCACAGGGGCAGGAAGUGCCAAUCAAGGGGAUGAUCGUUCUGCACUGCCGACCCCCGGAGGGUGUCCCCGCGGCGGAGGUGGAAUGGUUAAAAAAUGAAGAACUGGUGAGCUCACUCAAUGAUGACAACAUCGUGACCCGAGCCGACCACAAUCUAAUCAUUAGUGAAGCCCGGCUCUCCGAUUCGGCAAAUUACACGUGUCUGGCCAGCAACAUUGUGGCCAAGAGACGCAGCGCCACGGCGACCGUGAUUGUCUUUGUGAAUGGAGGCUGGUCUUUGUGGACUGAGUGGUCUCCCUGCAGUGUCGAUUGUGGUAGGGGGAUCCAGAAACGGUCCCGCACCUGCACCAACCCAGCGCCACUGAAUGGUGGCGCAUUCUGUGAGGGGAUGUCCGUGCAGAAGAGCACCUGCAGUGCCCUUUGCCCCGUGGACGGCGGCUGGGAGGAGUGGGGCGAGUGGACACCGUGCAACACUCAGUGCGAGAGGCGGAGACAGAGGGAGUGCAACGCCCCACCCCCCCGCCACCGGGGCCGGGCGUGUGACGGUGACGGCAACGUCACGGAGAACUGCACUGGCGGCAUGUGCACGCAGGAUGGGAAGAUGCUGCAUGAUGUUAAACCUCAGAGUAUGGAGGGCUCCAAUGAUGUGGCACUGUACUCAGGCCUGGCAGCAGGGGUCAUCGCUGUCGCAGCCCUUGUCAUAUCCGUAACACUGUACCGCAGGAGCCAGAGCGAGUACGGAGUGGACGUCAUCGACUCAUCUGCCCUCGCAGGAGGCUUCCAGACCUUCAAUUUCAAGACCACCAGACAAGGCAACCCUCUGCUUCUGACGUCCUCCAUGCAGCCAGAGUUGAGAGCAGGCCGCGCCUAUGCAGGACCUGUCUGCUUCCAGGACCCUGCCAUCAAGGAGCCCUUUGAGACGCGGCACGACCCUGCGGCCAAAGCUCUGAGCUCCUUCACCGCUCCGCUAGGCAUGGGGGACCGCAAGAAGCUCCAUGGCAACCGUGGAGGUGCUACCCGUGGCCUCGGGGCCAGCACACUGGCCCCCAAUGGCCUACUGACAGCUCGCAGGGCCCAGCUGAGGAGCAGCGGCAUGUUUGGGCACCUGGGCGGCCGCUUGGUCAUGCCAAACACAGGAGUCAGCAUGCUGUUGUCUCACGGAGCCAUAGCCGAAGACACAUCCUGGGAAAUGUACAUGCUCGUGAACCAAAGCGAGUCCAGUGCCCCGUUAGAAGAGAGACGUGAGAUCUUGCUCGGCCCCGAGGUCACCUACGGCCCCCCGGGACUAAGCCUGUCUUCUCCCGUCGCCAUGACGAUAGCCCACUGCGCCGAGGUCAACGCAGCGAAUUGGAACGUUCAGCUGAAGAGACAGACCAAGGACAACAAGUGGGAGGAAGUGAUGUCAGCAGAGGAUGAGUCCACUUCCUGCUACUGCCUCCUGGACCCACGGAGCUGCCACUUGCUGCUGGACGAGCCAGGCUCCUACGCCCUGGUUGGGGAGCCGCUGAGCGAGGAAGCCGGCAAGAGGCUGAGAGUGGCAGCCUUCGGCAGCCUGGAGGCCACGCCCACCAGCUACAGCCUGCGUGUGUACUGUGUGGAUGACACCCCCCAUGCCUUUCAGGGUGUCGUGAUGGCAGAAUCCAGCAGGGGAGGGCUGCUCUUGGAGGAACCCCAGACCCUACUGUUCAAGGGCAAUGCCUACAGUCUGCAAGUCUCCAUCCAAGACCUGCCCCAGGUGCUGUGGAACAUCAAACCCUUUACAACUUGUCAGGAGUUCUCUUUCUCCCAGGUGUGGGGCAGUAACCAGCAGCCCUUGCACUGUGCCUUCACUCUGGAGAGAUUCAACACUGCCACCACGCAGCUGUCCUGUAAGAUCAGUGUGCGCCAGGUCAAAGGUCAUGAGCAGAUCCUGCAAAUCUACACCUCUGUGGCAGAGCGGGAAACGGGGGCGGUUCCCUUUUUUAUGCAGACAGAUUGCACGGUCACCUGCCAGACGGGCGCCAAAGCCUUCAAAAUCCCUCUGUCCAUUCGGCAGCGGAUCUGCGCCACGUUUGACACUGCCAACGCCAAGGGCAAGGACUGGCAGCUCCUCGCUCAGAAACUCUGCAUUGAGAGGAACCUGUCGUUCUUCGCCAAGCAGCGCAGCCCGUCCGGGGUCAUCCUCAGCCUGUGGGAGGCCCGGCACCAGGCCAGCGGCGACCUUGACUCGCUGGCCAGCGCCUUGGAGGAGAUCGGUAAGAUCCACUCCAAACCCCCGGCCCAGAGCCCCGACGUGGCCGAGCCAAACUUCGACCAGUGAGGGCGGAUGCACCGGUGUCCCACCCACCCACCUCCACCGCCGUGGCGCAGACCCCGAUCCCUGCGCCUGCCCACCAGCAGUGAUCAACUUGUGUGUUCCACUCGUGCCCAGCUGAACAGCAAGAGAGACCUGCAGUCAAGCAAAACGCGUGCGAGUGUCAUCCAUUCUCGACAGCACUUGGCCAUGCUGUAACACAACGAGGAAAACCACAAAAGGGUGGUUGAGAAAAAGGCACAAAGCUACCGUAAGGGGGCCAGUUCUGCCUCGGCCUACCCUGCAUAUCUUCAAAGAUAGCACCUAGGAGUGUGUGGGCAGGCCCCAUUGGGGAGAUCUUUUCUCACCCACCUUCCCUUUCAGUUUCAAUGUCAGUCAACUUCCUCCCUGUUCCCGGCAGUGCCAUGUGUGAAUCCAGCAGAGCUGUGUGUGUGAAUCCUGCAGUGCCGUGUGUGAACCCAGCAUUCGGCAGCAAAAACUCUAUUCACGCUUCCAUGUGGUACCACUGACAUACUUUGUGGUUCGUUUGCACUAUAAAGCUUUAGAGCAGGAAGGUCAAUUAUGCACUGCUUGUCAAAAAAGGCAACCAUCAUCCAUCCGCAGGGAGCAAGGCCCUCUCCUCUGCACACUGUGUACUGCGAGAUCCUCUUUACAUUGUUUCCUUUUGGGUUUUUGCCAAAUGUUUUCCCAAUUGGAAGCCAUUACAAACACCAUACUGGGGAGGGAUAUUAAUGAAAUAUAUAUAUUUUUGAUGUUGUCUUGAGAUUCAAAAGUUGAGAGGGGAAAAUAUCAACUCUGGCAUACUCUGGGCUGCCAGCUCAAGACAGUAGUCAAGACAACUGCACAAAUGUGUUCCUCUUAGAUAACAGCAGUGGUUGCCUGUGAAUGACACACAGGUCUGCUGAGUCAGUGUACAACAAGCCACUCGACAGCAAGCCCAGUAACAUCCCCCUUUAAAGAAAAAUGUCCAAAUGUCCCCUUUAAGCUAUCUUAUGAAGCCCCACAUGUCCCUGUGUUAAAGUAUGUGAAGCCUCUGCCAAUCCGAUAAAGGCAUGAGGCAGCAGAAGAGUCCGUGUGAAGGAAAAAGAGGCACAUAGGUAGAGAGCAGCUGUUUAAGCAAACAGCUCAGCUUCUGUUCUUCCCGCAUGCUUCCUCCUGGAACGUUCCAGAAAAGCCAAGCUCCCGGAGAAACCCUGGCAAGGAUUAAACCCCUUGUAAGCCCGGACUGGUGAGACGCGCCGACCAUCCACGACAGGGGAAAGAGGCACACGGAAAAGCUCCACCCCCAGCCUGGAGGGAGUCGGUGGAGAGAAGCUGUGACUUCAUAUCCUAAAUCAUCUAUUUCAUUAAUCCGCCUCCUCCACAGGGCUCGCCUGCUGCCCACCGACCUUGUUUUUGGGCAGCUACCGCUCAGCUAAAGAACAGCCGUGUGCCACCAGAGACACGGCCAUUACCAGUGAAGGAUGAGUCAGAGUUACUCAACAUUUUAAAUGUCCAUGGGUGAGAAAUGUGGACUUUAAAACCAGCAUACAAGUGUAAUUUCAAUUAACUCUUAAAGGAAUAAUUCUUCCCCACUCCAAAAAAAGCUAACAGGUCUAACGGCAACUAAACAUUUAAAGUUAAUAGGCAGUUAGUAUGUUACACUAAGGAAUUGCCAGAAUGAGUGCUGUUCUUUCUAGCUUUCCCUAGUGAUUAAUGAUGCUGACAUUUUGGGGCGAGGUUCCUGGAAUCGGCCCUCCAUGGUUGUCCAGCGGCAUCCUGCAUGGUGGCAGGUGCCGUGGAGAUGUUCUCGCCGGGCUACUAAAGCAGAGCUGCACCCUGCUACAGCAGCUCUGGGUGCCACUGCACGUUCCCUACACUCCCUACUCUUGGCCACCCCGCCUCAGCUCCCGCAAGCACUCGUAAAACUACCUGACAAGAUGAAUCCGGAGUGCUAAGGGCAGAGAAAAAACAGCCUCUGCACACUGGAUAUCUGCAAGUUUCCCGGAGCUGUACAGCUAGCAUUCCUCAUUGCCAUGCAGCCCAGAGAUCUAUUUUCUGCCAUUCACCUUAUUACUUCAUUUCUCAGAAAAUGUUCCACUUUUCAGAGGUGUAAAACAGCGACCCUCUGUUAUGACUGUAAAUCACCCAGAAUAGUUGAUAACAUGAAAUAUAUAGCAGCCUGUUGGCCUCAAGCAUUUGACUGUUGGCAGGAACAGUGCGAGUGAUUGGCCAAGAGACCAGUAUUAAUAUACCGCCCGACGGGGCAUCUUUCAAUGCCAGAGCCAUUCCUGUGCAUUUUAAUGGGUGGUUGAGAUACAACUGACUGACACCUGAAUUAGCCAAUGGAAAUACUUCUCCCUGAAAUGUUUAUUGACUGAUGUCUUUAGUGUCAAAGCGAAAUGCUGCUUGUGAUCUUGCAGGUAAAUCAGGCGAGCAGCAAAUGGGGCAUCCAGUGCUUAGUGCGCUGACUGGAUUAACGUAGGACGGUGACAGGCAGAAUAAUGUCCUACCAAGAUGUUAUCCCUUCCUAAUCUCACCCAUCAUCCAUUCAAAGACAUCAAACCGCUUUGAUUUACAGGUAUUUUUAUUGGGCCUGCCAACAGUUGCAUCUUAAAACGGCUACACCUUUGACAUGAUAAACUGUUCGGUUUUUCAUCUGAGUUUGUUUGUUGUAUAAACAAGCUGUGAUAAGUAUUCAUAUUCAAGAGGUUCUAUAACAUUAUUAUACAGUAUAUAUCACAGGCUAUGUGUAUGUCAGAACUAAUAUGAUUUACCAAAAUAUCUCUUUCUAUUAUUUGUAUCAAUCCCUAUCCAGGUUAAUGAAAUAUAAAACAUUUCUGUCUCUUUGUCAUAUUCUCAUAACCUUACUUUAGAAAUGUCAUCUGUGAGGCUUAAAUGAAAUCUGUGUUGGCUUUUGGUCAGGUGUUAUAUCCACUGUGUGGGAGAGGAAAGAUCAGGGAAAAGGUCAUUGCCAAAAUUGGUAAUGAUUACACUGGUGAAAAAUAACUUAUUUCUGUUUUUUUUCUGACCAUAUUUAUGGGUAAUAUUUGUAUUAGUAUUAAGGGGCAUGUGACUAUUGUUUCACAUGUUACAAAAUUUUCUUCCUAUGAAUGUAAACAGUCAUAAUAAUGCUAUUUUAAAUAUUUUUAGUUUUCUUUUUAAAAAAGCCAAUGCAUAUUUUUUUAUUCACCAGAUUACUCUGCAUGAUAGCAGGUCUAGGAUCAGUUUGCUUGCUUUUCAUAUCCUAAUAAAUAUGUGUAAGAUUGAAGGUAGACUGAUCCUAAACCAUGGAUCUCUGAAUUUCUGAAUACUCUACAGGCCAUGAGCAGGUAUUCAUAAGGCAUCACGUAACAGGAUCCACAAACCAUUAAAGAAUCUGACCUCAGAUCAGCAUUGCUAAUUCUGAGGCAAUUCAUGCAUCCCAGCUGCUGUUCUUUUGUUAUAUGAUUCAUGUGUUCCAUGCUAUGAUUGUGCCUUGUAUAACUACUGUAAAUGGUGAAUGUUGUACAGUUCAGAUGGGGCUGAAUCAUCCAGACAAGAUUUUCAUUAUGAGACUAACGCAUUGCAUCAAGGAGUCUAAGGCAAGAGCUUUUCUAGUGAGAAACAUCCUGUUUGGUAUUGCCAGGCCAGCGUUGUGGUAUACUGUGUCAAAAUUCUGGACAUUUUGGAUGUUUUCUGUACAGUAGACUUGCUGAUAUAUAUGCAGUCUUUUGGAAAUAAAUGUACAGUUGAGCAUCA